GACAAGACAGGACAGGACUGCAUUCCACCUCCGCCUCCACAUCCUCCUCUACCUCCAUAUCCACUUCCAACCAAUCCGUGUUGUCCCAAAGUCCGAGCUUCAGGCUUUGUUUGUUAUUGAUUCCGCCGAGCCUCCGCAAUUAGACCGAAAGACUUCUGCGAUGGCAUCCCGGAGCUCUCGAGGCUCAGUUACACACUCUCAGCUGAAACAGCUGACCUGCAACAUUUGUCGGGAGCGCAAAGUACGCUGUGAUCGGGAGAGACCCCGUUGCCAACGCUGCCGGAAGUCGGGCCACGGCUGCGUCUAUCCCGAGAAUACGGAUAGCCAGGAACUCAAGUCGGCCCUGCAGCUUCUUCAUAAUCGUCUAUUACAAGCAGAAACUAAAUUGCAGGAACAUGGACUGCAGCAGCCAGCAAAACCACAAGAAGAUACUGGUACCCAUCCACAAAUCACCCCUCCUGAAGAGUUCAUGCAAACAAUGACUCCAAAAUCACUCGGUGUCAAAUUGGGUACUUCCCAGACUAUCUACAAUGUCGGAUUGCAACCGGGAGAAGAGAUAGACUUCUCAGACAUCAACUUUGCAGAGUUCUCGGACUUUGAUCAGAGCAACUUCCACCAGUUGCCGACCCUAGUUGGGUCCGAUGCUGGAUCUGGCGGGAAUAAUGAAGCCCAGCCAGAAGUAAACAUGAACAUGGGUGACCCCCGAGGCAAUAUGCAGGGUGUGUCAGAUGUCGAUACUGCUGGUCGCCCUGACCACGUGCCAAACAUGUGGCCUUCGGCUCCGAUGAACCACGAGAAGCAAUUAGAUCCAUUCAUAAAUCAACAGUUCGAGCCAACGACUCCUCUUAUUGACUUUGACCGACAGUGCCAGCCAUACUUUGAUAUUGUGCAGAAACACAUAAUGCUCGUUGACCAACAAGAGUUCUUCCAAUCCAUCAUCUUUGCCGAUUCGCAUCAAUGCAAAUCACUAAAAUUUGCUGUUGCAAUGUCAGGAUUGCAUGCUUCUGGAGAAUCAAUGAUGGCAGGAGAGUGUUAUACCAUCGCCCAGUACCAUAUGCAAAGGGCUGUGGGUCUAUUAGAUGGCUCGUCUUUCUUGAACAUUGAAUCGGUUCAAGCUUCGCUUCUCAUAGCUAGGUACGAACUUAUUCAUUACAGUGGGCCGAAGGGGCUCUUGACCCUGGCAGGCCUGAUGCAAUUGAUACGUGUGCUUGGUUUCGACAUGUUGGAUCAAACCUCGACUGAAAGCGAAAAACACAUCUCCAAUCUCUUGCAAUCACAGCCCAAUGCUGCUGCGAUUUCUCAGAAGAUACGGCAGACAUUUUGGAUUGCAUUCGCUCUGCAUUGUAAUGCGUCUGCUAACUUCCCAUCAUGUCUGCCGGUGAAAGACGAAGGCAUCUGCACCUCAUUGCCUGCCCCCAGUCUCCAGAACGGUUCUGAUACCGAUCAGGCCAUGUACCCUUCCGAAUCUUUCUUGGAGAACAGCGGUCAGAGUUCCAACGUCUUCUCCCUAUUCAUCUUUGCAAUGAAGCUUCUCGUGCGAGGCGAUUGCCAUCGUCAAAGGACUCAUCAAUAUGUAUUGGACAGCACAUCCGAUUACAAUUUCUGCAUUGUUCACGAGAAGAUUGGCAGGGAGAUUAUGUUCGCAUUCAGUGCUCUAUCGGCAGCAGAGUCUCUCGAUGGGCCAAAUACAGAACUUCAGGUCCUUGCCCUUAUCAUGAUCUUGGGCGUGCGCUUGGAUUGGUUUAAAACCGCCAUCGUCGCAGUUCGGAAGGCCUCAUUUCUGACUCACGCUGCCAACGAAUACCGUGAUUCGUGUCUCGCUGUUGCAAACACACUUUGCGAUCUGCUUGUACAAGCAGGAAUUACUGACGAGAACCAGAAGCCUGGCUCGAAAAUUGCCAUCUACAAAGAGAUGUCAUUCUUCAUUUUGCGGCCACUGGCACUGGCUGCAGAAGUUCACAUCGAGAUGCUGAAGAACUUGCAGGAUAUGGUAUCCAAGGUAUGCUUGACGAGCCGCGAGAUGCGGCAGAACCUACAGACCAUAUGUAGUGUCAUGAGCAUGUGUAGACCGGUGACUGAGGAGUACGAUGUUAAGAUUCAAUCAUAUUUGGCAUUUUUGGAUAUGACCAAGCACAAGAGUGUGCUGAGAACGGGUUUUUUGGGCAAGACUUCUGGUAUGAAUCAGUAGGUGGUGUUUAUAGGAUAGAGAAUAAUCAAUACCAAGAAUUUAGGGAAAAUGUAAAACGACACCCUCCCGGGUGUUAAUUGGAC